CUCAUGGAUCGUAUAUGCGUGUAGGCUACGUCAAGGAUUGCUGUAACGAGCAAUUGAAUCCGAAUGUCAUUGCAUUAUUUCGUCAUUAUCAGCUGUAGAAUCGCGCUCAUGAGCGGUGGAACGUGAAGAUAACAGAUUUUAACGUAUAAAAUUAAAUAGCCUGACCUGCGUAGUGACACACUGAAGUCUGUAGUGUUAACAAAUUACACACCAACCCAUAUUCACGUUACACUGUUGACAAAGAUUCAUAAAUCUUCGCUUCAUUUUGGACCUACCUUAGCCCAGCCAUACCAUGGCGUUCACUUCACACUUCAUUUUGUGCUCUGUGUUAUUUAUCUUUUCGUUAGACAAGUCGUGGACAUUUGAUUCAGUGCUGAUUGACCUAUCAAAGUACCUGCAGCCAAACCACGUCAUGGACAGUGACUUCUUCAGUGAUCCAUCGUCGUGUUAUAGGCCCUGUGAAGAUGGGGCCCCUCCCAAGACAUGCUACUACAAGUGGACAGUCAAUAAUUACAAGACAAUGGGGCCAACUUGCAGAAACUGCCCGAAUAACGCGACAGACUGUUUCCGGCAAUACUGCAUUACGGCUGACGGGUACGAACGUGGGAUUACUGCAGUAAAUCAGCAACUCCCGGGACCAUCGAUACAGGCGUGCUAUGGAGACAGAAUUAUUGUGGAUGUAAUGAAUAGUCUGAUGGGACAGUCUACAACCAUCCACUGGCACGGCACACGUCAGAUAGGCUCACCACACAUGGAUGGGGUACCUAUGAUAACGCAGUGCCCAAUUCUCGAAAUGACCACAUUUCGAUAUGAUUUCAGAGCUACCACCUCCGGAACGUUAUAUUGGCAUUCACACGAUGUUCAAGAGUUGGCUAUACUGAUGUUGCAGGUUAUUAAGAUUAAUGGUGACCGCAGAGAUCGAACCCGGUACUUCUUGAACGGAACUUGCAGAAACUGCCCGAAUAACGCGACAGACUGUUUCCGGCAAUACUGCAUUACGGCUGACGGGUACGAACGUGGGAUUACUGCAGUAAAUCAGCAACUCCCGGGACCAUCGAUACAGGCGUGCUAUGGAGACAGAAUUAUUGUGGAUGUAAUGAAUAGUCUGAUGGGACAGUCUACAACCAUCCACUGGCACGGCACACGUCAGAUAGGCUCACCACACAUGGAUGGGGUACCUAUGAUAACGCAGUGCCCAAUUCUCGAAAUGACCACAUUUCGAUAUGAUUUCAGAGCUACCACCUCCGGAACGUUAUAUUGGCAUUCACACGAUGGUCUCCAGAAGCAAGACGGGGUACAGGGGGCCAUGGUAAUUCGUACACCCACGUCUCUGGACCCAAACAGUCACCUGUAUGAUUUCGAUUUGGCGUCACACGUCAUUUUCAUCAGUGACUGGAUGCAGUCACCGGCUGGAAACCAUUUCCCUGGUCUUAGAACUCACGACACGUUCCAGAAACCCGACUCCAUAUUAUUAAAUGGCAGAGGACGGAGAACCACGACUGACGAAUUUUCUUCGGAAAAUCUGUACAACGUCUUCCGAGUGACGCAUGGUAAGAAGUACCGAUUUCGACUCGUUGGUGGGAUCUGUACCUCGUGUCCUUACAAGUUCAGCGUGGGACAUCACACAUUGCUCGUCAUCGCAGUGGACGGAAAUCCAGUCGAACCCGUUCGCGUCAACUCGAUAGAUAUCUACCCUGGAGAAAGGUAUGAUUUCGUUCUGGACGCUUCAGAACACGUGAUAAGUUCCUGGAUACAUGUAAAAACCAUCGGAAAUUGUGACGAUAUUCAGAUCUACGCUCUAGGGCUGCUUAGGUACAACGGGGACAUGCUUAUGAUGCCCAUCAACCCGGGAUACGCGGGUUAUCCCAGCGGUAAGGUUAUGAAUGCUUACAAUGGGGCCUGUGACAAUACAGACCAGGGUGUGUGCAUUGUUCACCUGGUGGGAUUGGAUCCUGUGCCUUACAGAAUCACAUCCUGCGAACCUGACUUUUCCUUCAAACUGGUUUUCGGAUUCCAAACUUUCUCUCUCGAUGAUCUAUCACGGCCGCGAAAUUACGUCCGCUACUUCGAGCCAUUAAGCAACGCGUACUUAGCCGGCGUGGUGAAUAACAUAAGCUUCGAGAUGCCACCGUCGCCGCUCCUGACCCAAGCAGAUGACGUCCUGAGAAGCGUUCUGUGUCCCACAGGACCUGGCAGAACGCCGGGAUGCCCCGGUUCCCAGGACUACUGUGAAUGCGUUCACGUGAUUAAGAUACCCCUAGGAUCGGUCGUCCAGUUUCUUCUCAUCGAUAACGGUACUGGAAGUAUCAACCACCCGUUUCACAUGCACGGAUAUUCCUUCAAUGUCAUUGCAAUGGGGAGAUUUAAGAGAGGAGAGGACGAUACAAGUAUAAUUAGAGAUUUGCGCCGUGGGGCCUUAAAACAUUCAAACUUCCCAGUGUACAAGGACACAAUAGCUGUACCCAGUAUGGGAUAUACAGUGAUAAGGAUCCUGGCCGAUAACCCAGGUUUCUGGUUCUUCCACUGUCACGUGUUGUACCACGCCGAAACCGGGAUGGCUGUCGUACUUCAAGUGGGAGAAGACAGACAAAUACCUAGGCCCCCAGCGGGGUUCCCAAAAUGUGGGGACUUUGUUCCUCCCGUAUACAGCGACAAUACACAACACCGGAAAACCUCUGUUUAUAACACUGGUUAAACAAUUCAUGUAAAGGGGUGGGUUUAUCAUUAACCUAUCCAAAACAAUUUUAAAUUAAAAUAUACAUAACUACUCCUUCACCUACUGAUUUGUGUCGGUAUACAACUUUUCAUCCUGAAUAGAAGUGCCUGAGAAGAAUUUUUCGACCUGGAACGGAUUAAGAAAUAUUAGGAUGGAGGAAACUGUUCUAUUAGCAGCUUCAUAAUUUGUAAUACACAACAGAUAUUACUGUAAUGAUAUGACGUAAGGGGAUGGGUAGAACAUGAAGCAUGAAAAUUCCAACGAAAUCAGAUCUGGAAAUCACGAACACAAAAUGUUAACAAUUUACAAUUACAUAAAAUCAUGUUGUGUAUAGAAUUAAUUGCAGAAUAAACUGUGAAUGCCAUCUUGUUGCUAAAAAUAUUAUAUUGAACAAGUGUGGGAGAAGAAUGAAUUUCUGCUGUAGGAACUGAGUAAAAUAUAGGCCUGUGCACUAUUUUGUAUGACAAACAGAAUCACGUCUAUCAGCUAAGUAUGUGUGAAUUAUUUCCACAUUGGAAGAUUAUUUGUCUUCUCGGUUGUAACCUCUGAAACGUCGGCAGACUUCUACCAGACUAUACAGCGCUACAGCCCAGAAGACGGUCACCUUCGAAAUCACCGCCGUGAAAACCUCAAAUCCAGAUUUUCUCUUCGCUUGUCCUAACAGAGUUUUCGUAAUUAGGUGAGGAUACUGACAGUGAAUUAGAAAUGCCAGGAAUUUUGUGGUUUCCACUGAAAACUGGAGGAGUGGAAGAAUCGAAAGAAGAUUACCUGGCAACCCAAUUACGUCUCAGUGCAACAGUGAUUUGGCUUCAUCACCAAUGCUGUUUGGUCCCAGAAGACAAUUAGACCAGUUCGGAAAUCUUUUGCAAUCGUUAGACGUAUAUUUUGUAUAAUAUUCAGGACCAACAUUAAGAAAUAUAAUUAUUUCUUAAGAAUAAAAUAUCUUAGGGCGCCAUAUUAAAUUCAUUCAUGUGGGAGAAUAUCAUUAGAA